UGCACAUCAGCCAACAUCUAUGGCUUUUGUGUUUCUUAUACAUAGGAACAUCAGCUCAAGACUCACUCAAACUGCACUUGAACUUGUUGUCGCUCCAGAUUUCAGCUCCGCCCCGAAACUGAUGUCACGUAGGUGAAUCCACAAGUUCAGGUGCGUCUCUGCGAGUGCUCAGAGCACAUCAGUUCAAUUCAGCCGUAAAUCAAUGGUCUGCGUCUCACCCUAGACUGUCUCUCCCUGGAACUCUGUUUGAUCUGACCAUGGCAGAGUGAACCAAGUAGAAUAACUUCAUGGAGGUUCCCUGAAACACAGGAGAAAAGGGUAGAGGUGUGUGUUCUGGGCCAGAGGAGCAGGAGAGAUGACCUGGGGGACCCUGUACACCCAGCUGGCUGGUGUGAACCGCCACUCCACCAGCCUGGGGAAGGUGUGGCUGUCUGUCCUCUUCAUCUUCCGGGUCACCGUGCUGGUCCUGGCGGCCGAGAGCGUCUGGGGGGACGAACAGAGCGACUUUGUCUGCAACACCCUGCAGCCGGGCUGCGAGAACGUCUGCUAUGACCACUUCUUCCCCGUGUCCCACAUCCGGCUCUGGUGCCUGCAGCUUGUCUUCGUCUCCACGCCCGCUCUCCUCGUCGCCAUGUACGUGGCCUACCGUAAUCACGGCGACAAACGGCAGGUCCUGCAGCAGGGUUCAGUCGGGGGGCGUUGCCGCAGCGACAAGGCCCAGGCAGCCCAGGAGGCGGAGCUAGAGAGCCUAAGGAGGCGGAGGCUGCCGAUCGCCGGGCCACUGUGGUGGACAUACGCCUGUAGUCUGGUCUUCCGCCUGCUGUUCGAGGGAGGCUUCAUGUAUGCGCUAUACGUGUUGUACGACGGCUUCCAGAUGCCCAGGCUGGUCCAGUGUGACCAGUGGCCCUGUCCCAACCUGGUGGACUGCUUUGUCUCCCGCCCCACAGAAAAAACCAUCUUCACCGUCUUCAUGGCCACCUCCUCCUGCGUCUGUAUGGCACUCAACAUGGCCGAACUGGCCUACCUGGUCGCCAAGGCCAUCGCUCGGUGCCUGUCGUCACGGCGCAGAGGGGGGAAACAGAAAGGGAAGGGUGCAAACUGUUCCUCAACCUCCUCCAAAGACAAGAAUGAGAAGUUGUUGCCGUCCUCUUCGUCUGGGUCCACCUGCAGCAAGGCGGUGUGAGGACGGGGGAGCUAUAGACAUAGUGUACAUAUACACACGCAGACAUGCAAAACAUAAGUAGCCUAUAGUACACACACACACACACCGAAUCACAAAUAUGUGUAAAUACUGUGUAGUCCACUCCAGACAUGCACAGAAGCUCUCCUUCCCUGCUUCAGUCACUGGAGUAACUACGCCAUCUAGUGGCCAAUAUUCACACACGCCCACUGACCCCUCGCAGGCAAAGACAUAGGCCUACAAACAGACAGACAGACAGACAGACAGACAGACAGACAGACAGACAGACAGACAGACAGACAGACAGUUUGUAUAGCUCCUAUGGAAUUGUGAUGUUGGUAAUGAAGAGAUAACAUUGUAAAUACACUGACAAUGGAAUUCGCAGAAUCACAGUAGAGUACUAUGAGUAAACGCUUAUGCAAUGACCUA